AUGUCGUCAGAUUUUAAAUCAGCAUUGAAAUCAUUCAACUUACCUUGCUGUGCUUUGAUGAUGCAACAACAACAACAACCUCAAGCUCAAGCUCUUGCUGUUGGAACCCUUGCAUUAUCACAGAACAAUUUUAUGGGAAUUCAUUUUGUAGAUAUCAACAACCAACAAUAUGUCGGUUGGAAAGCUUAG